GGACCUCAGUCUUUGACCUGGAACUCAUUGUGUAGAUCAGACGGGCCCUCAACUCCUAAAGGUGUUGCCUGCCUCUGCCUCCCAAUUAUUGGGAUUAAAGGUGUAUACAUGCCACCACAUCUGGCUUAAUAUUUCAAUAUUUGACAAUCCAAUAAAUACAAAAGGGUUUUUUCCUAUUUAUCUUAUUUGUAUUUUUUUUUGUUUCUUCUGGGUAGGCUGUGGCAAAUGAGUCUGGACUAAAUUUUAUAUCAGUCAAAGGCCCUGAAUUAUUAAAUAUGUACGUUGGUGAGAGCGAACGUGCUGUGCGGCAGGUUUUUCAACGAGCCAAGAACUCAGCACCCUGUGUGAUAUUUUUUGAUGAAGUAGAUGCUUUAUGCCCUCGAAGAUCAGACCGAGAAACAGGCGCUAGUGUUCGAGUGGUGAAUCAGCUGCUUACGGAGAUGGAUGGGUUGGAAACACGUCAGCAAGUUUUUAUUUUGGCUGCCACUAAUAGGCCAGAUAUCAUUGAUCCUGCCAUUCUGCGGCCAGGCCGGCUAGACAAAACACUCUUUGUAGGUUUGCCUCCCCCGGCAGACCGUGUUGCCAUAUUGAAGACUAUCACAAAAAAUGGCACCAAACCCCCACUGGAUGAAGAUGUAAAUUUGGAAGCAAUUGGCAAUGACCUUCGUUGUAAUUGCUAUACGGGUGCAGACCUCUCUGCUUUGGUCCGAGAAGCUUCCCUCUGUGCCCUGAGACAAGAAAUAACAGGACAGAAGAGUGCAGUUGGAACAGGUGAGCUCAAGGUCAGCCAUAAGCAUUUUGAAGACGCUUUCGGGAAAGUAAAACCAUCUAUAUCAAUAAAGGAUCAAAAGAUGUAUGAAGCCCUGCAGAGGUCCCUCAGUCAGUGACAUUUGCAGAACCUGGCAUGGAGGUGUCUAGUGCAUGGAACUCACCAAGAAUCACACUUGAUCUGAAGGGUCUACUUUCAGCCUGACGCAGGUGACCUCAUUGUAAGCAUUUUAUUUUCAAAUUAUUGAGGCCGAACUGGAGAAGAUGAUGUUUCCCAUCUGGCCAGCCUUGUUGGGAAAACUCCCUACCUCCUCUCUAAGAAAAAGAAAGAAAAAAGGACUGAUAAAGUAAAGCCUUAUUCAAAUAAAAUUUUAUUUUUAACUAU